CUCUUCCACCACAACAGUCACACAACCUUCACACUCACAAUGCUUCGCACCUCCAUCACCCGCUCUGUCCGUUCAUCCGCGGCCCUUACCCGUCCCUUCAGCACUACCGUUCGCACAAUGGCUGCUGGCGACGCUGGCAGCACCAGGGCCGGCGGCGAGAAGGCUGCUGACGCCUUCACCAAGCGUGAGGCUGCUGCCGAGGAGAUGUACAUCCGCCAGGAGGAGCGCCAGAAGUAGGUAUUUUCGCAGCUUCGGCCUAAGAGCCGUAUGCAGUCAUUAUGCUAACAACCUGCUUCUACAAUAGGCUGCUGAACCUGAGGGAAAAGCUGAAGGCUCAGCGCAAGCACCUCGAUGAGCUGGACAAGCACAUUGAGGAUCUCACCAAGGAC